AUGUUUCUAGCUAACACAUUCUUCCGUCGACGUGCGGGUCCUGACCCCGCCAUUGAUUCCCACGCCUCAAACCAAGUGCCUCUAUACACAAACGCAGCUUACUACCCCAAUUGGAGGAUCUAUCGAAAGGAACCUCCGUCAUCUUUAAGAUUGGGAUUCAUUUCACAUGUGUACUAUGCAUUUGCCUGGGUCCAAGAAGAUGGCACUGUCUAUUUGAGUGAUGAAUGGGCUGACACCCAGAUGCCUGUUGAUGGCGCCGAGGGUUGUCUGCGGGCUUUUGUGCAGUUAAAGCAGCAGUACUCUGCGAUGAGAAUCAUUCUUUCCGUGGGAGGGGGUGGGAAAGGCAGUGAAAACUUUGCUGCAGUAGCUCACAGUCGCUCUCGGUUGGACACUUUUGUCCGAACCUGUCGAGAGUUGGUGGAUCAGUUUGGGAUCGAUGGAAUCGACGUUGACUGGGAACACCCCUCGGAUCCAAAGCAGGGUAAGGAUUAUGUUCGUUUGCUCGCCCGACUGCGUGAGGUGCUGCCCGCUCCACGAUACGUGCUUACCACCGCCCUCCCUGCUGGUCAGUGGGCAUUGAAAAACAUCGAUCUCUCUGCGGCGGCAAAGUACCUAGACAUGAUCAAUCUCAUGACCUAUGAUUUCGCCGGGCCUUGGGAAUCCGAAACUGGUCACCAAGCGCAGCUUUAUGGAUCGGGUGUCUCUGGCGAUUCAGCCGUGUCUUACGUGGUGUCUCAAGGAGUCUCUCGUCGAAAAAUCAUUCUGGGUGUUCCGGUCUAUGGACGGUCUUUCCUGGGCAGCAAUGGGCCUGGUCAACGCUACACUGGACAUGGUGGAGAGGAAGGUGUCUUUGAUUAUCGUGAUCUCCCCCGACCGGGAACCCAAGAGUACCAUGAUCAAGGAAUUGCUGCGGCAUGUUGCGUUGGGGCUGAUGGAGGAUUUGUGACUUAUGAUACCCCGGCCACCGUGAAACAAAAGGCCGAGUUUGUGACUGCUGAAAAACUGGGUGGUCUGUUUUACUGGCAUGUUUGCUCCGAUGCCCGUGGACCGCGCAGCCUGAUUGAGACUGGAUACAACACGCUACAUGAAAUGUGA